AAUUCACAAAACACACACAUGAAAACACAAGUGGGGUCAAAGUGCAACACUUUUUAUUGUGUGCGUGAGUGUUCAAGUCACACUCGUUCCAGUGCAUUGUGGUAGUAAAGGUCAAGACGGUCCAGAGAGAUCGCUGCGGUGGUUGCAACGACGACGGACGAGCUGGAUGACACGAUGUGUUCAUGCUGCGCCUCGUCCUUCAUCCGCCUGAAGAACAGAUGUCCUCGACCGUGUGGACUCGUCAACCUGCUCAUCACCCAAGUCUGUAUGUGGUUGUGUGUGUGUGUGUGAAUGUCUCUUUGUUUUUGUGUGUGACACUUGUCUUAUUCUGUGUCUGUAUGCAUGUGUCUCGUGCGUGUUAAUGUGUGUGAGUGUAUAUGUGUGUGUUUCUCUGUGUUAAUGUGUCUGUGUAUGUUUAUUAGUGUGCGUGUUUGUUCUUUUGUAUUUGUGUGUUGUGUUUGUUUGUGUGUGUGCAUGUAUUGGUGUGUCUGUGUUUUCUCUGUUUAUGUGUGUGAGCGUACGUUUAUUUGUAUAUGUCUGGUCCUGUGUGUGUCUGCUUGCGUCUUUAUUUGUGUAUGUGUACGUGCGCAGCCUGUGUGUUGGCUCUGCUCUUCGGCACGUUGUGGUCAGUAACAGGAAGUGAGUGCUUGCCAGGAGGGAAAGUGUUCGGCGUGGUCAUCAUCUUCAUCGGCGCCGUGUUGGGGGGGCGACUACUCGGGAUGGUCCAGUUUCCCGGCCUGCCCCCAAUCCCGCCACUGCUUGGCAUGCUUCUGGCUGGCCUGGUCCUGAGGAACGUUCCGUACGUGACAGACGCCGUCUACGUGGACGCCGCCUGGUCUGCGGCUUUGAGGAGCAUGGCGUUGUCCAUCAUCCUGGCCCGAGCCGGUCUGGGUCUGGACCCCUCGGCGCUGCGUCGUCUGAAGGCCGUGUGCCUGCGCGUGGCGGUCGGGCCGUGUGUGAUGGAGGCGUGCGUCGUUGCCGUGGUUUCUCACUUCCUGUUGGCUCUGCCGUGGGCCUGGGGCUUCCUGCUGGGGUUUGUUCUGGCGGCGGUGUCACCGGCUGUGGUGGUUCCGUCCAUGUUGCUGCUCCAGAAGGAAGGUUACGGGAGCGAGAAGGGCAUCCCGACACUCCUGAUGGCUGCCGGCAGCUUUGACGACAUUUUGGCCAUCACAGGCUUUUCCACCUGUCUGGGGGUGGCCUUCUCCACAGGUUCCACGUGGAUGAGCAUCCUGAAGGGUCUCCUGGAGGUGGUGGGCGGGGUGGUGGGCGGCGUCCUCGUGGGCGCCUUCUUGUGUUUAUUCCCCAGUGUGGAUCAGGAAGAUGUGGUGGCGACCAGGAGCUUCUUCCUGCUGGCGUUCUCCAUCUUCGCCGUCUUCUUCACGCAAGUAGUGGGCGCCUCUGGGGCUGGUGGGCUGUGCACCUUGGUUCUGGCCUUCCUGGCCGCGCUGGGCUGGGGCACUGACAAGGCGGGGGUGGCGGCCAUUUUGGGGAGGUGUUGGGAUGUUUUCCAGCCCCUCCUCUUCGGCCUCAUUGGAGCAGAGAUCAUCGUAACGAAGCUGAGCCUCAGUACCGUGGGUUUGGGCGUGGCCGUGAUUGCCAUCGGUCUGGUGGUACGGCUGGUCGCCACCUUCGGGCUGGUGCACGGCGCGGGCUUUGUGCUCAAGGAGAAACUCUUCAUCGCCAUCGCCUGGCUACCCAAAGCGACGGUGCAGGCGGCCAUCGGCUCCAAAGCGUUGGACACGGCGAGGGACGUGGGCGACGACACCUUGGCGAAGUUCGGUUUGGAUGUGCUAACAUUAGCCGUGUUAGCCAUCUUGAUCACCGCCCCCACCGGAGCGCUGGGCAUCGGCCUGGCAGGGCCGCGCCUCCUGAGCCGACAGGUCAAAGCAUCUGAGGCAGUGGGCGACAUGCCAACCCCGGCUGGCCAAGGUCAAGACCCUGUGUUUUUUGAGAGCAGGCUGUGAAGACCUUCCUUGAACCCAAACAAUUACAAAUGAAUUUUUAGUGUCUGUAUCUUAAUAUUUGUGUCCGGAUUUCUUGCCCACCCAUCAAGUGUAAAAUUAAACAACCAAGUCAA